UAAAGUUUUGACCUAAUUUACAGAAAAACCGAGAAUAUAUAAAGUUAUAUUAAGUACACAAGUAUACAGAAGAUUUGUGAAGCUUUUUCACGCUCAAUCAUGGCUUGUGAUACAAAAGAAAUCAUGAUUUCUAUCACGGGAAUGACUUGCAACUCAUGUGUGAAAACAAUUGAAAGUGAGGUUGGGAAAGAAAAUGGAAUUCAUAAAAUUAAAGUCUCGCUUGAAAACAUGAACGCAAAAGUUUCAUUCGACCCACAAGUGUUGACCAAUAAAGACGUGGUUGAAUUAAUUGAAGACCUUGGAUUUGAUGCAGAAGUAGAAACUGGGAACACUGAUACUGUAGUGUUAAACAUUGAUGGUAUGACAUGUGAUGCUUGUGUAAACACAAUACAAUCAACACUCAGUGGACUUAAAGGAAUCAUUACCACACAGAUUUCGUUACAAAACAAGCAAGGAGUGGUUAACUACAAGCCAAAUAUAUUGAAUCCUUCUCUUAUUGUGUCCACCAUUGAAGACAUGGGGUUUGAGGCCUCUGUCAGUGAAGAUGGGGUGAGGAAACGAACCAAGACGGACAAGAUAUCAAUUGAAGGAAUGACUUGCAACUCUUGUGUGCAAACAAUACAACAGCAGAUUGGGUCAUACACUGGUGUGGAGUCUAUUAAGGUUUCAUUGGAAAACAAAGAAGCAACUUUGGAUUACAAUCCUGAACUUAUUGGUUUGGAGCUUGUUAUUGAUGCUAUUGAAGACAUGGGUUUUGAUGCUGCGUUGAAGUAUGGGGUGGUGGAGAAGCCACGUAAUGAUGAUCUUAUUACUUUGUCUGAUAACUUUGAUGUUAAGGGACAAGCUAUGUUGGGGAAUCGUGAUUCAGUGAAUGGAGAUGUGGAAUACACAGUAGUGAAUAUUGGGGUGGAAGGAAUGCACUGCAAGUCAUGUGUGAGAAAGAUUGAAGAGAAUAUGAAGACAAUGAAAGGCGUGGCAAAAGUUAAAGUAUCGCUGGAUGACAAAAUGGCAACAAUUUCAUACGACAGUGACAAAAUUAAAGAAGAAAAAUUGGCAGAAAAGAUUAAGGACCUGAGUUUCAAAGCCACGCUACCAAACGGACGUUCGUUUACGCCUGAAACAGCGACUGCUGUAAAUGGAGAUGCGUUAAUCAAGUUACCUCCACCUCCAAAUGGUUCUGAUAACUCCUCAAAGAUAUCAGAAGCCGCUGCAGUGUUAUCUGUUAGAUCCACAAAUCACUCUAUUGGCUCCACACCUUCAAAUAAAACCAGGAGCUCUGCGGGGAGGGGAACCGUUAAAAAAGCUGUCAGUAAGCGCAAAAAAGUUGAGAAGCAGAAUUCCCGGAAGAUUGUUGAAUCGAGUAAAAUGCUAGAAAUGAGCGUUUCCAUGGAAACAGAUGUGGAAAGAUGUUUCAUUAAUAUUACCGGGAUGACGUGUGCUUCAUGUGUUAACAAUAUUGAGAGAAAUAUAGGUAGGGAGGAAGGAAUUGUCUCCAUCCUUGUUGGAUUAAUGUCGGGUCGAGCUGAAGUUAAAUAUCGGCCAAGUUUGAUCGAACCAGAUACGAUUGCUCAACUUAUUGAAGACCUUGGGUUUGGAGCUGCAGUGUUAGAAGGAACUGGGAAGGGAGGACAAGUUGAACUAAAUGUUACUGGUAUGACAUGCUCGUCGUGCGUACAUGCCAUAGAGUCGCGACUCCAGGAGGUUGCGGGUGUCACAUACGCUUCUGUGGCUCUUGCCACGUCAAGUGCCGUUGUCAAGUACGAUCCAGAAAUCCUUGGUGUUCGAGACAUCAUAGCGAGCAUUGAGAGUGCUGGGUUUGGGGCUUCCCCUCGUAGCUGCGACAACCGAGUUGGAGCACUUGACCAUCGGGUGGCGAUACAACAAUGGAGACGCUCGUUUCUAACUGCAUUAAUAUUCGGUGUACCAGUGAUGAUUAUCAUGAUAUAUUACAUGGCAUCAGGAGCUCAUAAUAAUCCGUACAUGAUCGUACCAGGACUCAGUCUACAGAACCUGCUCAUGUUUCUGCUAUGCACGCCCGUGCAAGUGUACGGCGGGCGUUACUUUUACAUACAAGCAUGGGCGGCAGUUAAACACAGAAUGGCAAACAUGGACGUCCUUAUCGUAAUGACAACAGUGAUAUGUUACGCAUAUUCUGUCAUUCUACUCAUCAUAUCAAUGAUACAACAAGCCAAAGGAUCUCCAAAAACCUUCUUUGAAACCCCACCCAUGUUAUUUGUGUUCAUUGCACUUGGAAGGUGGCUUGAACAUAUUGCUAAGGGUAAAACAUCUGAAGCUCUAGCCAAGUUAAUGCAGCUACAAGCCACCGAAGCUAUCCUUGUUGUGUUUGGAGAUGAUAAAACCACGGUCAUAAAAGAGGAAAGCAUAUCUGUCGAUUUGGUGCAGCGUGGUGAUUACUUACGAGUGCCACCAGGUACUAAGAUACCAACAGAUGGGAAAGUGGUGGAAGGAACAUCCAUGGCGGAUGAAUCGGUUAUUACAGGGGAGUCAAUGCCGGUCACAAAGAAACCAGGGUCAUCAGUCAUUGGAGGAUCCAUCAACCUAAACGGGUCCCUACUUAUGCAAGCCACUCAUGUUGGCGCAGACUCCGCACUUUCACAGAUUGUACGACUGGUGGAGGAAGCUCAGACAUCAAAAGCUCCAAUUCAACAGGUUGCUGAUAAGAUUGCUGGCAAGUUUGUCCCUGGUGUCAUCAUAAUAUCCAUUGUUACAUGGGUGGCUUGGGUCAUUGUUGGUUACACUAAUCCAAGUGUGUUGAGUGAAUUCGCAAAGAAACACGAAUACCUCUCUUCUCAUGAAAUGACUUUCCGGUUUGCGUUUCAAACAGCAAUAACAGUUCUUGCAAUUGCUUGCCCCUGCGCCUUAGGUCUGGCAACCCCGACAGCAGUCAUGGUGGGGACAGGGGUUGGGGCACAGAUUGGGAUUCUUAUCAAAGGAGGGGAGCCAUUGGAAACAUCCCAUAAGGUGAAGACAGUUGUCUUUGAUAAGACCGGGACCAUCACCCACGGUGAGCCCCGUGUCGUGCUUGAGCGAUUAUGCACUCCUGAUGAAGGAGGUACAGGGAUGUCGCUGAGAUACCUCAUGGCUAUCGUCGGUACGGCUGAAAAUGCAAGCGAGCACCCACUAGGUGCUGCUGUUGUGAAACGAGCAAAAGAGGUUCUGAGAAUUGACAGACUAGGAAACGCCAGCAGUUUCAAAGGAGUUCCUGGAUGUGGUAUUCAAUGUAAAGUCAGUGGAGUUGAAGCUGUGUUGCUUAACAGUAACAACAUGUAUAGCCUUGAAACUAUUGAAUCCAAAUAUCAACUCACUCCGACAGAACAAUCAUCAUUGUCUCAAAACAAAGCAACUUAUGAUGUAUUAAUCGGGAAUCGAGAUUGGAUGAGAAGAAAUGGAAUCCUUGUUCCUGAUCAAGUGGAUGAUGCAAUGGCAGAGCAAGAGGAAUGUGGUUAUACAGCAGUGUUGACCGCUGUCAAUGAAAAGUUGGAAGGAAUGAUUGCGAUUGCUGACACUGUAAAAUCCGAGGCAGCACUGGCUGUGUAUACCUUACAACAUAUGGGGAUCGAUGUUAUAUUACUUACUGGGGAUAAUAAGAAGACAGCAAAGGCAAUCGCAAGACAGGCCGGCAUCAAAAACGUCUACGCUGAAGUCCUUCCUUCGCACAAAGUCGACAAAGUUCGUCAACUGCAGGAAUCUGGUCACAAGGUGGCAAUGGUGGGUGACGGUGUCAACGACUCUCCUGCGUUGGCACAAGCCGAUGUUGGGGUAGCCAUCGGCACCGGGACGGACGUCGCUGUGGAAGCCGCAGAUGUUGUUUUGAUCAAGAGUGACUUAAUGGACGUUGUAGCCGCAAUAGAUUUAUCCCAGCACGUGAUUCGACGAAUUCGUUACAACUUUGUGUUCGCUUGCGUUUACAACCUCAUCGGGAUUCCUCUCGCUGCUGGUGCGUUUUACACACUAGGUGUCGUGCUUGAGCCAUGGAUGGGUUCCGCAGCGAUGGCGUUAAGUUCGGUGUCCGUCGUUAUGUCAUCGCUGUUCCUAAAAACGUACAAAAAGCCCUCUUUAACAAGGUUUGGGAGUCCCAAGUAUAUUAAUGACACCGAUGUCCUCUAUGAUUCUGAGAUCCAAGCUAUAUCUGGUGUAGAAGGAGCAAUUAAACCACAAUCCAGGGCUAGUUCCAUUGUCAACAAAGCAAAUUCCAUCAAAAACAAAGUUCUUGAGUCGAUCCAUUCACUUUCAAUGAAUGAAGAACAAGGAAGCCUCACAGCCAGCAAGAAAUCUUUAUCCUCACACAAUGAACAUGAUAAAGAACAACAGUUGUCCCUCCUGCUUGCAGAUAUAGAUUAAGACUAUGUGUAAGGCACGUCGUGUGUAUUUGUCGUCUUGUGUCUAACCCACAAUCACCUACAUGGCUUGAAAUAUGGUCUUGAAUUAAUGCAGUGAACUUGCACACUCAAUCUGAUUUAAAACUAACAGAAAAUCCAUUCGGAUGAUGGGCUAAGUCAGCCUAAAUAUUAGGUUCCAUAGCAGGCCAUGCUGGAGGACCACACCCAGAAUAGAAUAGAGCAUAAAAUCCUGUUGACAUUAUGCCUAUUCUUCAAAACCUCAGUAUAGUUAUACUAUGGACCAAACUCCUGCUGUUCCUGCACUGUUCUGACAAUGAUUUUGCAUUGAUAGCAUGUUGUGCAGUGCAACAAUCUAGCAUGUUGUGCAGUGCAACAAUCUAGCAUGUUGUGCAGUGCAACAAUCAAACAGUUAUGUGAUUAUUUUAAUAAGACACUUUCGAGACCACCGCAAUUUUUAUUCAAUAGUAAACUUUGUAUUGACUAUUUUAUAUCCCUAUGCUUCUGGUACAGUAGCAUACCAUCAGUGCACUUCAUAUACCAUAUGCAACCAUACAUUAUUACAAUGUUUUGGUAUAAAA